UUAAAUAUUUUUUAGAGUGUACCUUUGCUCACCGCGUUCAAAAAGUGCUAUUUUCACCACAUCGGUCCACAGGACCUUUAUCCAAAAUGUAUCGUGCAGUCGGACGCUGAUCUUUGUGGUGAGGACGCAGAAAGACGUUUUAUUCUGAGGAAUCUUCCAUGAAGGCCAUUUUUGUGCAGGUGUUGCUAAACAGUUGAACAGUGCACCACAAGUCCAGAGUCUGACCAAUCUUUUGGAGGUUUUUUGCAAGUCAAAGCUUUGCUAGCAAUCCUAUGAGCAGUUCUCUCGAAUAUUUUUCCAGACCUGAUCUUGACCUCCACUGUUCCUGUUAACUGCCAUUUCUUAAUUACAAUCCAAACUGAGGAAUUCGAUACCUGGAAACCCAUUACAAUCUUCUUAAAGCCUUCCUUUUCUUUGCUGGCGUCAUCAUUUUCAGUGCGCCAGGUGAUAAGAGGAGCCUGGGUAUUUAUAAAUUUGAGAUUUCUAUCACCUAAAAUUCUAAUAUUUGCUAAUAUUGCUUAAAAUAUUGCUCACGUGUUUCAUGUUUAACUUUAUGUCUUUUGGAGAUCAUUUCAUCUUCCACUAGCUUAACUGCAUACAUUUUGACCAUAGGUGCCUACACUUUUGCCACUGUUAAUUUACCUGAAUAGUUCCUGUAGUUUAAUCUCCAUAUGGGAAUUGUUAGAAGAGAACUUUACAAAGAAAACGUUUUUAGAGAUUUACAGUUUAUAUUACAUUAAUUUGCUAUUAUACAUAUUUGUUUCACUUGUGCAUUAACACAAUCAUCAUCAAACAGCAAACUUUCAGAGAAAGUUGAUGAUCGGCUUCAUGGUACUGUCAAUGUCUGAUCGCAUUGGUUUGGUUUUUGUCAACUUUAAACAAUCGUUGUAACCCUGAGAUUGUUGAAUUAACAUCAUGGUGCAGUAAAGGCUCCUGCUUUAAAGGGAUAGUACACCUUAAAAUCUUGUUGUUCUAAACCUGUAAUAAACACAAAAGAAGAUAUUUUGAGAAAUGAUGGUAAACACACAGCAGAUAGUGUCCAUUGACUUCCAGAAUUGCCACAGCUGUGUUGAGCUGUGUUAGAAAAUAUGUGAUAGUUUGUUAGAGAAAUGCAUUUGAAUAAAGUUUUGUUUCAUAUGGUAUGGACUUCUAUAUGAUUUCCUUCAUUGUGAUGAUUUAUUCAUUCAUUUAUUCAUCUUUAUUCAUGUUUCCUGUUGCUUUAAGUAAAUAAAAUAAAAUAAUUUAUGUUGGCCUACUCUUUUAGCGCUCAUUAUGCAGGCAGUUUCAGACUCAGCCACUGUCUCUGUGACUUUCUGUAUGAGAUUGACAUCUAGUGGACUUCUUUAUUAUAUGACUGGUUUGCACACGUUUCAUAAACACACCCAGGAAGUUCUCAAGUUCAGUGAAACUGAAACUAAAUCACUGUCAGGGUUGUUAUGUUUAAUCUUUUCUAAAAUGGCAGAAGCGAGUGUUUCUUUGUUUCAGGAUCAGUUUAUCUGUUCAAUCUGUCUGGAUCUACUGAAGGAUCCUGUGACCAUUAACUGUGGACACAGUUACUGUAUGAGCUGUAUUACCGACUACUGGGAUCAGAAGAGAGACUACAGCUGCCCUCAGUGCAGACAGACCUUCACUACAAGACCUGUUUUAGGUAAAAACAUCAUGCUGGCUGAAGUGGUGAAGAAACUGAAGAAGACUAAACUACAAACUGCUCGUCCUGAUCACUGUUAUGCUGAACCUGGAGAUGUGAAGUGUGAUGUCUGUACUGAGAGAAAACAUAAAGCUGUCAAGUCCUGUCUGGUGUGUCUGAACUCUUACUGUCAAAAUCAUCUUGAACAACAUGAGAAUUUAUUCAAAGGGAAGAAGCACGACCUGAUAGAUGCCACUGGACGACUUCAGCAGAUGAUCUGCCCACAACAUGAGAAACUGCUUGAGAUUUACUGUCGUACUGAUCAGCAGUGUAUAUGUUUUCUGUGUAUGGUGGAUGAACACAAUAACCAUAAGACUGUAUCAGCUGCAGGAGAGAGGACUGAGAAACAGAAACAACUAAAGGAGACACAGAGAAAAUCCCAUCAGAGAAUCCAGGAGAGUCAGAAGAAGCUUCAGGAGCUGAGAGAUGCUGUGGAGACUCAUAAGCGCUCUGCACAGACAGCAGUGGACGACACUGAGAGGAUCUUUACUCAACUGAUCCGAUCCAUUGAGAGAAGACGAUCUGAGGUGACACAGCUGAUCAGAGAUCAGGAAAAGACUGCAGUGAGUGAAGCUGAAGGAGUCUUGAAGCGACUGGAGCAGGAGAUUGAUGAUCUGAGGAGGAGAGACGCUGACCUGGAGCAGAUUUCACACACAGAUGAUCACAUCAAUUUCCUCCAGAGUUUUCAGUCUCUCUCUGUUCCUCCUGGAUCUACAGACUCACUCGGCAUCACUGUCAGUUCUCUCCUCUCUUAUGAUGAUGUAGGAAAAUCUUUGUCUUAUCUGAGAGAGAAACUGGAGGAUUUCUGCAGAGAAGAGAUAGAAAAAAUAUUGGACAGAGUAAAGUGGAUUGACAUCAUUUCCACCCCUGAACCAAAUACCAGGGAGAAGUUCCUACAAUAUUAUCGUCAGAUCACUGCAGAUCCAAACACAGUAAAUAAACGUCUCUGCAUAUCUGAUAGGAACAGAGUGAUUACUGACACUGACAAAGACCAGUUGUAUCCUGAUCAUCCAGACAAAUUUGAUGUUUAUCCUCAGGUGUUGUGUAGUGAGAGUGUGAGUGGACGCUGUUACUGGGAGGUUGAGUGGAGUGGUCAGGUGUUUAUAUCAGUGUCAUAUAAGAGCAUCAGCAGGGAAGGUAACAAGUGUUUAUUUGGGAGUAAUGAUCAGUCCUGGAGUUUGAAUUGUACUGAAUCUAGUUCUUCAUUCUAUCACAAUAACAUUAAGACUAAACUCCCUGUAGUGUCCAGAUCUUCUAGAAUAGGAGUUUAUGUGGAUCACAGUGCAGGAUCUCUGUCCUUCUACAGCGUCUCUGACACAAUGACCCUCAUCCACAGAGUCAACACCACAUUCACUAAACCUCUCUAUCCUGGGUUUAGAGUUUACUUUGGAUCAGUAAAACUGUGUGAUCCAACAGUAUAGAUAAUAAAGGAUAAUACAAAUAUUUUUGUUAUGGUAGUAGUAGGGGUUUUCAAACUACACUUGACCCCACAUUAUUUUUGUUCUAAACCCCGGUUUUAACAACAGCCACAUUAAAAAUACUGUAGUAUGAUAUAAAGUAGAAUUUACUAUAGUAAACUGUAAAAAUUAUUGAAUUUGCUGUAGUAUAUAAUAGUAACUAUACUCCAUUUACAUUAUACACUUGGCAGACACUUUUAUCCAAAGCCACAAUCCAAGUGCAUUUUAGGUGAACUUUUGCACUGCUAAAGCAAUGCUCCACAAACUGAGCUACUGGAACACCUACUAUAGUAUACUUACUAUAGUAUACUAUAGUAUUCUGUAGUAUUUACCAUGCCUAUAUGCUGUGUUUCUAUGCUAGAAACUAGACGCCUGUUUCAGCAUUUGUGUGUACAGAAAUAAAGUCAAAUGGCAACAAAAAAUGGCUGGAGUAAAACAUCUCAAGGAGAAAUUAUUUUUGGACAUUUUUCUCAUAGAUGUAAAACAACAGACAGUUUUCAGUUGCACAGUGUAUUCAGUCAGUUUGACACCCCUUUAUUUAUCCAGUCUUGACUCUUGACACCAUAGAUAUGUACAGUAUAAAGGCUAGAUGUGUUACGGCGGAGUCUCUAUAACGUCAUCGCCUGGUGGCCAUCUUAACUCAUACAGCUCGCUUACUCAUAGAAUUGUGUUUACUGGUGCAGGGACUUUUAAAUGAUCAUAACUUGCUCAAUUUUCUACCGAUUUUCAAACGGUUUGGUUUCUUACAAACGUUAUUAACAUGACUAUAAUUCUGGGUGCUUUAACAUGAUUCAUGAAAAUUAUUCAUUAAGUAUGCAGUGUCAUAGAUACAUAUCUGAUGUUUAUAACAAACCAAACCGUUUGAAAAUCGGUAGAAAAUUGAGCAAGUUAUGGUCAUUUAAAAAGAAAAGGGUCCUUUAAACACAAUGCUACGAGUGAGCGAGCGCCCUGUGGUAAGAUGGCCGCCAAAUGCAGACGUUCCACUCAAUUGGCCAGCAGCACGAGCGAGAUAUCUAGUAGGGGUCUAACGAUUAAUCAUGCAAAUGCGUGUCACUAUUCCAGGAAAUAUCUACAGGAAUAUUUAUAUCGCUGUUCUUCAAAUUGUUUCAGGUAUUUUCAUGAUAAUAAAGAAUAUUCUGAAUGAUUUUGUUUAACGAGUGUUGCUCUUUUAAAUGCAUGUUAUAAACGACUCUGACUCAUAAUGAUUUUAGAUUAAUAAGGACUUCCUAUAGACCAAAUGCUGUGGUACAAGCUGUGCAUAAAACAAAGAAUCGCAGCCUUGCGAUUCAGAAUCGAUUUCAGACAGGCAUUUUUUAUGGGACACACAAUUAAUCGUUACAGCCCUAACAUCUAGCCUUUAUACAUAUCUAUGUUUGACACUACAAAUAUACAAAUGUUAAAGGGGCAAUGAACCUGUUGAUUUUAUUGUUUUAUACUGUUGUCUAAGGUCUACUUAUGAUGUUCACGU